AUUUUUAAUAUAUGAGUGGGCUAAAAAUACGUUAUUUAUUAUAUAAAAAUGAUACGCAUUUUAAUUAGUGGUAUUUUGUUGGUACUCGUAAGUAGAGUAAUAUGUGAUGAUGACGAUGAUGAUUAUUAUCUUGGAAGUACCUCAGAGGAGGAUGGACUAUCUUAUCAGGAUACCUUAUAUGACUCAAGAGAUUAUCCUCUUAAUUUGGAAGGAUCUAUAAGACAACGUUUGGCUUUGAAUGGCGCCAUUGCAGAACCAGGCAAGAGUUUCGUCUGCUCACCCAUUUCGGCCCUCAUGCCGAUAGGGAAGCUAGCUCUAGGGGCAACAGGCACUUGUAAAAGUCAGUUAGAGGAGGCUGUUGGCGUACGAUCGAGGGCGGAGCUGAAAAAGAGCUUCCAAUCCUUACUGGCUGGACUGAAAUCACUGUCUGGCGUGAAAUUAACAGUUUGCAGUAGAAUAUACGUCUCCAAAGAUCACACGCUGAAAUCUGAAUUCAAAGGCGAUGCUAAAGACAUUUUCAAAUCUACCGUCAAAAGAAUUAACAUGAAUAAACCCGAUAAAGUGGCCCGUAAAAUUAAUAGCUGGGUAAAAGAAAAAACAAAAAACCUGAUACCGGAAAUAAUACAGCCUAAUAGUAUUUCUCCGCACGCUUCGGUGAUACUAGUCAACGCGGUGUAUUUUUCGGGUAACUGGAUGAAUAAAUUCCACAACAUCGAAAUGCGAGACUUUUACACAGCUACUGACAUCCGCAAGGUUCCUAUGAUGACGAGGGAGGGCAAAUACAAAUAUACUAAAAACGAUGCGCUCGAUUGUCAGCUGAUAGAAAUCCCCUACGUCGGAGGGCAAGCAUCAUUUAUCAUAUUCCUACCAAAUACAAAGGACGGGUUGCCAUUGCUGCUAUACAAAUUGAAACUAGCCCCAGAUUUGAUGCAGACUGCCAUUAAUAAAAUGCGAGUGGAGAAUAUAAUACUGUCCAUUCCGAAGUUCAAAACUACUACGGAAUUAGAUCUGAAAGUUUCAUAUGAGAAGUUGGGAUUAAAUCAAAUGUUAAAACCCGAAAAGUCUGGUUUAAACGAAAUAGUGACAGGAGACAAUCACUUGCACGUAUCGAAAGCCAUACAAAAGGCAGUUAUAGACGUAAACGAACACGGUACAGAGGCCGCUGCUGCUAGUGUUGUAACGAAUUUAGGCGACCGGCGUUUAAAUAAGAAACAACAAUAAUAUUCAACGCCAUCCGCCCAUUCCUGUUUAGUGUCAAAAUUAUGAAGGAGAUGUACUUUAGCGGUUCCUAUGUUGACUGAAAAAUAAAUGUGACAUUUGAUAAUGAGAUUAUUUGUGGGCAA